UUGGUAUUUCGUGCACAGGCUUCCUCCAGAACGUGCGUCGGUCCUUUUAGCAAAAUGGCACCUAAACCGAAACCUACGGAUAAAGCAGGCAAGCCUGCUGAGAAGAAGACUGAGAAGAAGCCAGCUGCUACUGCCUCCAGUAGCAAAGUAACAAAGCCUGCGGCCAAGCCUCCUGCUGCAAAGAAACCAGCAGCUGCCAAGCCGACGGCAGCCACCAAACCUGCGGCCAAGCCUGCAGCAAAGAACGUACUAAAACUUACGAGCAAGCCAUUGAUUAGCAAGCCGAAGAAGAAUGUACAGGUUGCGAAGAAAACCCCCAAAGGUGGUAGGCCAGCAGCUCCCCUUCAGAAAGCUCUUAAGGCACAGAAAAAGAUCUUGAAGGGAGUGCAUGGAUCGAGAGUACGAAAAAUCAGGACGUCCGUCCAUUUUCAUAGACCCAAGACCCAGAGGCCAUCUAGGACGCCGAAGUAUGCACGUAAAUCGGUACCAAACAGGAAUCGCAUGGAUGCUUUCAACAUCAUCAAGUAUCCUCUGACGACGGAAGCGGCCAUGAAGAAGAUUGAGGACAAUAAUACCUUGGUCUUCAUCGUACACAUGCGCUCCAACAAGUAUCACAUCAAGGCGUCGAUCAAGAAACUGUACGACGUCGAUGUGGCUAAAGUGAACACCUUAAUCAGGCCAGACGGCAAGAAGAAGGCGUACGUGCGUUUGACGCGCGAUUACGAUGCAUUAGAUGUCGCGAAUAAGAUCGGUAUCAUAUAAAUUUUGCAUCUGGCUUGUAUAUUAUUCGAUAAUAAAGUACCAAUACGAUAAAUCA